AUGGGUUCUCUCCUCCAGGGCCUGCAAAGGCUCUACUCUCUCGACACGCUCGACACUCGUUUAACCACCUCAUUCACCACCCCAAUCAAAUACACUGCUCAAGACACACAACAACAACCUUCUACCGCGCGAGAUCCCACCGCAGGCAAAGAUGCUCGAGCACAAGAGAUAGCUUCCAAUGCUCAACCGUCAAAAUGGAAUACGCCGGAAUUUUAUUUUUAUUAUUUUGUGUUUAUCACUGUGGUGCCGAUGAUGUUCAAGACGGUUAUCGAUAUUUCGCAGCCAGAUCAUCCUGCGUAUGCGAUUUAUGCUGAUUUAUUAUCCCCGGGAUGGAUUCCGGGACGGAAAGUCGACAAUUCCGACGCUCAAUACGCCAGCUUUCGCGACAAUAUUCUAUACCUUUUCUUACUCUUGAUCGUACACCCUCUCCUCCGUCGAGUAUACAAUUACUUCAAUUCCAUCAGUGCGUCAACAAACGAAGGACGCAAAUCUGCCGGAGAUGCCCGAGUCAAACAACGAACUAUCUUUGAUUUCAAUUUUGCGAUUUUGUUCCUCAUGGGUCUUCACGGAAUAUCCAUAGUCAAGAUCUUGCUCAUCUUGUUCGUCAACUAUAAAAUCGUCAAGGGGCUUCCGCGGGCGUACAUUCCAGCGGCGACAUGGAUAUUCAAUCUGAUAGUGUUAUUUGCUAAUGAGCUGUGCGAUGGAUAUCCAUUAGCGAGCAUUGCGAGAUUUUUCGUUUCAUCGGAAGUCGCUGCGGCCAAGGGUGUUCCCACGCUGGUAGCGUGGGCGGAGUUUCUAGAUGGAUUUGGAGGAUUGAUGCCUCGAUGGCAGAUUUCAUUCAAAUUCACCAUCUUGCGAUUGAUAAGUUUUAAUAUGGACUACUACUGGAGCCUGGGUUAUCCUUCCGACAGUCCUAUCGAGAAGAAACAAAUCGAUCCCGCAUCGCUGUCCGAACGGGAUCGUCUUACAAUACCGGCUGACCUCUCGUCAUAUAAUGGAUUGUAUUACGCUGCCUAUGUGUUGUACUCUCCUCUUUAUCUCGCCGGACCCAUCGUUACUUUCAACGACUACAUUUCCCAGCAGCGAUAUCCCUCACCAGCUCUGACACCAACUCGUAACCUCUUAUACGGAAUCCGCUUCUGCCUGACUUUACUGUGUAUGGAGCUCAUUCUCCACUUCAUCUACGCAGUAGCCAUUUCCAAGUCAACCAGCGACUGGUCAAUCUAUACACCCGGUCAACUCAGCAUGCUGAGCUACUUCAAUCUGAAUAUCAUCUGGCUGAAACUUCUGAUACCCUGGCGAUUCUUUCGUCUGUGGGCUCUUCUCGACGGCGUCGAUCCACCCGAGAACAUGGUUCGAUGCAUGUCAAAUAAUUAUUCUGCGUUGGCAUUUUGGCGCUCAUGGCAUCGAUCAUAUCAUCUCUGGGUUGUGCGAUAUUUAUACGUCCCAUUAGGCGGCCGCCGCGAUCGUCGUCAACCGUCACCAUCUUCAUCUGCAUCCAAAUCGACCACUAAAACUCCAUCAACCUUCUUAUCCAGAGCACGCGGCAUCUUCAAUCAACUAAUAGUCUUCACUUUCGUCGCCGUCUGGCACGAUAUAAAUCUUCGUCUUCUCAUGUGGGGAUGGCUAAUCACAUUCUUCGUCCUACCCGAAGUCAUCGCUACUUUACUCUUCCCAGCUUCUCGCUGGCGGUCUCAUCCAGACCUGUACCGAAUCAUCUGCGGCAUUGGUGCAGUAGGUAAUAUUAUCCCAAUGAUGGCGGCGCAUCUUAUCGGAUUUGCGAUUGGACUGGAUGGAUUGAAGGGUUUGUUGGCGGGGAUAUUUGGAUCGUGGACGGGGUUGGCAUUUAUGCUUGGUGCUUGUGGCGCAUUGUUUGUUGGUGUUCAGGUUAUGUUUGAGAUUAGAGAGGGGGAGAAGAGAAGGGGGAUCAAGUUGAGUUAUUGA